AUGUUGGAACCAGUUGGUCACAACAAGGGGCCCGUUAAAAUUCCAGGCAUUCCGUUCUUACUCGCUCCACUCCGGGAAAAAACACGGCUAAUAUUGAGGAUUAUAAAUGGUAAUGGUAAACAAGGUUACGCCAAGGAUCCCGGUAGAAAACAGAUAUCUUCCCAAUGUCGUGCUCGUUAUCCACCGUGUCAAGAUCCGGGAGGCUGUGGACCGGAUCAUAGGUACAGGAAGAGGUCGUUUCGGCCGGAAGCUGUUGUCCUCCAUGAAUGGGAAAACAUGGCUAUUGAUAACGCUGAUAAGGAUGCUCCAUUGAUAACCUCACUACAAAUGCUCUUCAUUCAUGAGAGUUGUCUGCUAUAUGAGUAG